AUGGAGACCACCAACCCCACCACCCUCGACAACCCCGCCUACGCCUCCGACACCUCCGACGAGCAGGCACGCGGUGGCCGCCGCGCCAAGUCCAGCGUCGCUCUGGCCAGCCGCCCCAACCACCCCGAUACCCGCGAGGGCAGCCUGAGCCAGCCAGCCGGCUCGCUCCUCAAGGGCGCCACCGACGCCGACGGCAAGCCCAAGGAUGCCGCUCUCUUGCUGGGCAUCAAGCUCGACCUCGACGCCGAGAUCCACCUCACCGCCCGCGUCAGGGGUGACAUCACUGUCGGCUUGUACUAG